GGUGGUGGGAAUUGAACCCAGGUCUUAUUCAUACAAGAUCUUCCUUGACCUGUCCCCACUGCUUGAAGCAGAGCAACACCUUUGAUCCUUUCCUGUGUGUGUCACUUCCUAUCCCUCUGCGCCAGACAAGAUUCCUGAGUAUCACCUUGGCCUUCCCCUCUAAGAGCCAGAAGUUCCUGCGGGUUGGCCUGGCUGUGCCCAUCCUCAGCACCGUGGCAGCCUUGAGGAGGAUGGUCGCGGAGGAAGGCGGAGCCCCUGUCCAUGAGGUGAUCUUGGUUGAACUGUGUCCCACUGGACUACAGCGAUCUUUCUUUGAUGAGGAUGACCUGAAUACUAUUUCUGAGGGAGACAGUGUGUAUGCCUUCCAGACCUCUCUGCCACCUGUCCAGGAGAUAACUGCAGUUCAACCAUCUGGUCUACCUGUCUCCCCGAGCAUGGUCGCCUGUGAAGGUCAGCAGUUAUCCAUGCCUAUCUAUAACAAGAACAAGGUGCUAAUUCUCUUCUGUAACCUGGUGGGGUCAGGGCAACUGGCUACCAGAUUUGGUCCACCUUUCCUGGUAAGGGAAGACAGAGCCAUCUCUUGGGGCCAGCUCCAACAGUGCAUCCUUAGCAAGGUCCAUCCUCUCAUGAAGAGUAAGGCCUCUGUACAGAACCUAGGGUCACUGUUCUCCAUUCGGGUUGUGGGCCUCUCUGUGCCUUGUAGCUACUUGUCUCCACAGGAUAAACGACCACUGUAUCACUGGGCAGUUGACAGAGUUCUGAACCUCAGGAGGCCUGGAGGCCCGCCACACAUCAAGCUGGCAGUGGAGUGGGAUAGCUGGGCCAAGGAGUGCCUGUUCGGGAAUCUCCAGCAGGAGCAGGUCCAGGACGCGGACAGUGUGUGGCAGCAGCAGCGGGCGCAUCAGCAGCACAGCUGUACCUUGGAUGAGUGUUUUCACUUGUACACCAAGGAGGAGCAGCUGGCCCAGGAUGAUGCAUGGAAGUGCCCCCACUGCAAAGUCCUGCAGCAGGGUGUGAUGAAGUUGAGUCUCUGGACCCUGCCUGACAUCCUAAUCGUCCACCUGAAGCGAUUCUGUCAAGUGAGAGAGAGGAGAAACAAGCUCUCCACACUGGUGAAAUUUCCACUCUCUGGUCUCAACAUGGCUCCUCACGUGGCCAAGAGAAGUGCUAGUGCCAGGUCUGUGCGAGGCCCUUUGCCUUCUUGGAAGCAACCGGCCUGUCUACCCACCGGCUGCCCGCUGGACUUCCUGUAUGAUUUAUAUGCUGUCUGUAACCACCAUGGUAGUCUACAAAGCGGACAUUACACAGCUUACUGUCGGAACUCUCUGGAUGGCCAGUGGUAUAAUUAUGAUGACAGCAUAGUGGAAAAACUUAGAGAAGAUGAAGUCAAUACCCAGGGGGCCUACAUCCUGUUCUAUCAGAAACGGAACAGCAUCCCUCCCUGGUCGGCCAGCAGCUCGGUGGGAGGUUCCACCUGCUCCUCCGUGUCUGAACACUGGCUGCUGAGGCUUGGGGGCGACUCUGGCAGCACCAGGGCAAGCCUGCCAUCCUGGAGCUCUGCCCCUGGGUCCCCCCAGCCCCGCGGACCCGAGUCUCCCCUCUUUACCAACCACCUCUCCGGUCAUGAAAUGGGAGAGUUGGAAUCCAGACUUCGGGAAAAACGCACAGGAGGCCGAAGUAUGAGCAUGAAGGCACUCCCCUCUUCUCAAGGCAAGCAGAGGACCUUUAAGACCUUGCCCGCCAACCUGUCUUUUGGGCCUGAGGAGAAGCUACCUGGUGCAUCUGUUGAGUUGGUGGAAUAUUUGGAGAGCAGAGGGAGACCUCAGUCCACCAGCCAGUCCAUUGUCUCCUUGUUAGCUGGUGAGAAGGAGAAAUCGACAGUGCCCGGGUCAAACACCUCUGUCUUCACCACGGGUGGAGAUGGCGAACUAAGCAACCGGUGUUUACUGGCCACAGCUCCCCACCUCUUGGGCCAUCCUAGCCACUGUGCUAGAGACUCAGGUCAUCUAAACACAGCAAGGAAACACAAGGAAAGCGCGAGGCAGGAUGUCAGGCUUCCAAAACAGUUUGACCUGCCCCUCAUGGUGAUGCCCUCUGUAGAGAAUGAGAAGCAUCCGCGCCGAGAAGGCCAGAAGACUGGAAGCUGUCAGCGAAGCAACAGCAAAGCAUCCCCUCCCAAGGGAGUCCUGCCGUCUGUGGAAUUUUCCAGAAAAGGUGCAUGCAGUCACCGAAAUCCUUUCACCAAGAUGAGGACUAAAACAGAAGGAAGUGCUUGGGAGACAGACAGAUUCCCACAGGGGACUCUCGCCUUUCUAAAGUCUGUUUUUUGGAAGAAGGAAAACAAGAAGAAUGACCAGAUAGAGAGAGCUCCGCAGGCGCCUCCAGUCUCUCUCACCAGUGGAGGACUGAAUCCGGCUGAGAGCCCAGCCAGGGGACAUGGCCACCACCUAGAGAGGGCUGUCCAUUCGGCCCCCGCCUCUCUCCGCCUUGCUCGCAGAGCUAGCAGGCCCACAAGGGGCGGUGCUCUCGGUACAUCACAGAGGAGUGUUUCAGGGGAGCAGAACUCUGCCAGCACCUUGCAGAAGAGCAAGAUGGGAAUCACAGCUAUACUCAUGCUGCCUUUGCUGCUCUUGGGAAUCAGUGGCCUUCUCUUUAUCUACCAAGAGGUGUCAAGGUUGUGGUCAAAGUCAGCUGUGCAGAACAAAGUCGUGGUGAUCACUGAUGCCAUCACAAGUCUGGGCAAGGAGUGUGCUCGGAUAUUCCACAUGGGUGGCGCAAGGUUAGUGCUCUGUGGAAAGAACUGGGAGAAACUAGAGAUUCUACAGGAUUCCUUGACUAGUGUAGCGGACCCAAGCAAGACUUUCACUCCAAAGUUAAUUCUCUUGGACCUAUCGGACAUCAGUUGCGUUCAGGAUGUGGCAAAAGAAAUCUUGGAUUGCUAUGGUUGUGUGGAUAUCCUCAUCAACAAUGCCAGCAUGAAGGUGAAGGGACCUGCUCAUAAGAUUUCACUGGAGCUUGACAAAAAGAUCAUGGAUGCCAAUUUUUUUGGACCCAUCACCUUGACCAAAGUUCUGCUUCCCAACAUGCUCUCCCGGAGGACCGGCCAAAUCAUACUAGUGAAUAACAUUCAAGGGAAGUUUGGGAUCCCAUUCCGUACAUCUUAUGCGGCCUCCAAGCAUGCUGUGCUGGGAUUCUUUGACUGUCUCCGAGCUGAAGUGGAGGAAUAUGAUGUUGUGGUCAGCACAGUGAGCCCAACGUUUAUCCGAUCUUACCACAGUUCUACUGGCCAAGGAAUCUGGGAAACUUCUAUUCGGAGAUUCUUUUUCAGGAAGCUGACCUAUGGGGUUCACCCUGUGGAUGUGGCUGAAGAGGUGAUGCGUACCGUGAGGCGGAGGAAGCAGGAGGUCUUCAUGGCCAACCCCAUCCCUAGGGUUGCUGUAUACAUCCGCACCUUCUUCCCAGAGUUCUUUUUCGCUGUGGUGGCCUGUGGGGUGAAGGAAAAGCUAAAUGUCCCAGAGGAGAAUUAAUGGCAGGAGACCUAUAGAUCACCCUGAAGGGAAUAAAGGUUUUCUUGGAAAGUAUUUGUUUCUACACUAUGAUAAACACUAGGACCCCUACGUGUCACCACUGAUAACUUAGAGGCAUCUCCCAUUUCCCCAUUCCAGGACCCACUUCCAGAAAGAGGAAGUCUAAGGUGGUCUAAUAAGUCCAGCAUAUACACACUCAUACACCACACCACACACAGAGACACACAAACACUCAUGCUCACACAAGACUGGAUGAACAGAACUUGCAACCAUGGAAUUAUCCUGUAAGUCCGUUGUUGAUAUUGGCAGCAAACCACGCACCACAUGUUGCUAUUAGCACUUGUAAUGUGUUCUGGAAAUUGAGUUUAUUUUCUAUAUGUUAAUUUGAAUUUAAAUAGCUGCAUGUAGCUAGUAACUCCCAGGUUGGUGACAUGCAAAAAUUAGUCCCUUUUUUCAGACUUACUUGCUACUGGGAGGAACCCAGUAAGUAAUGUUCUUAAAAACUCUUUUCAUUCUUUUGUUUUGUUUUGUUUGGGGGCCACACCUGGCAAUUCUCAGGAGGGAGGACCAUUAUGGCAUGACAGAGAUCAAACCCAGGUAGGCUGAGUACCCACUGUUCUAUGGCUCCGACCCACAACUAUUCUGUUUUAAAAAGAGAGAUUCUCAAACUAUUCCGAAAUGCAAAAACAUUUGAGGACAUCUGCAAUGGAAUCUCCUCUCACUUAGCUUAUAUUUUCAAAACAAAACAGUUUUAUUUAUAAUUGCCAGCCUAGUUAUUAGUGUGUUCUGCUAUCCCUUUAUUUUUGACAUCAAAUCAACUAUUCUUUGAAAGUAUAAUGCAUUUUUAACAAAUUUGUACAAACUAUCUUCAAAAUAUAGUGUACACAAUUUGUAUUAUUUUUUAACUGCACCAGCAAAUUUUUCAAAUAGUUAUAGAUAAAAGACUGCUCAAAUUUCUCCCUAACUCAAGCCAUUUAAGGAAGUAAGAAAGGAAAGGAGAAUGAAGGACUGUUUGCAGGUGUUGUAGCUGACUUAUGUGAAGUAAUGAUAGCUACUCUUUACCCACCUUAGUCACCUCGGAAGGGCAUGGGUGGUUUAGGAUUGAUGAAAGUCUCCUCUGAGCAAUGGCAUGGCACAGACAUUCCUUUUUUAAAUUUAAUUUUAUUUUUAUAAAGUUGCUCACAAUAAUUUAUUACAAUUCCACCACCAUCACCACCAUACUUCAAAUUUUUCCAUCCCUACAUCUAAAGCCUGCCCCCAAAGCAGGUCCUAAAUUAUCUGUUUUGUAUUGCUUGUUAUGAAUAAUCUGCUAAAAAUGAUCCAAUAAAGCUU